AUGCAUGCGUCUGACACCACGCAGGGGCGAGGUGCAGCUGGCGUUGCGGAGUUCCAAGGUCCUUCACCUCGGGGGGGCGUGGUGCAGCCUAACAGAAAUUUGUUGGUGCGUAAAUUGAAUCCGCCACAGAGUUGGAAUCCGAGGGUCGAAAACUACUUACGCGCCACUGGAUUCUACCACGUAUCUAGGAUUGGGAUGAUAAGAGGAUUUCACCCGUUGUUAGCUGCUCUGGUUGAAAGGUGGAGGCCGGAGACUCACACUUUUGUGUUGCCGGUGGGUGAGGUUACAGUGACAUUGGAAGAUGUCGCACAUAUAUUUGGGUUACCAAUUGAUGGAGAGCCUGUAAGUGGAUGGACUGAUAAUAGUAGUGAUUUCGUUCAGAGUCAGAGCAUGGCAAUAUUCGGACGUCAACCGGUGCUCAGUCGUAAUUCGAAAUCCUAUAUAAAGCUUGGUUGGGUUCGAAGUAUCAGAGAUGAGGAGCCGUUGGAUACUGAAGAGUCCAUAAGGAGAUACGUAAGAUGUAAGAUUUUCUGUCUGUUAGGGUCAACCCUAUUCACAGAUAAGUCGACUGCAUAUGCCCAUGCGAAGUAUCUACCGUUGCUUCGCGAUUUCGAGCGGAUCCAUACUUAUAGUUGGGGUUCAGCAUGUCUUGCACAUCUUUACAGAGCACUAUGCCGUGCAUCACGAUAUGAUACGAAGGAGAUGGAUGGCCCUCUUAAUCUGUUGUUUGUUUGGGCGUGGGAGCGAAUGCCGUGUAUUGCGCCUGUACCGAGACAUAUCCUUCCACUUGCUGAGAUACCAGUUGCCAUGAGGUGGAGUCAUUCGGAACGGAGCGCAGCGUGGUUAGAGAAGACCGUUGAGACAUUUAGGCAUGACAUAGACUACAUGCAGGAGGGUUUUGACAUUGGAAUUAUCUGUGGCAGUUUGAGUGGCGGCCGUACGAAGGAAUAA